AAGGUCGAAUAUUGUAGUAGCUUUUAGUGGAUGGGGGGAAAUGGCAGCGGGUAGACGAUUAGCAGUUUAUCUCCAUGGCAACGCGUUUUAGGACGAACGGCGCGCGUUGAUUGGCUGGCAGCUUUAGAGCCUCGCGCAGGUAACAAUGACCUCCAACGAUAAGAAGCGCACAAUGUGGACCAAAAACCUCACGAAGAGUGAGACCAAAGCUUCGGGCCGCUGACUUUUGCUAAAAAUGCCCAAAAGCAACACCUGGCCGGGAGGGACUGGACUGGAGACAAUGGACAGUGCCAGCAGCUGCGACAGCAUUGUUAGCGGCCAUUCUGCUUUUAGUGACGACAGUUUAGAACACCUGUCUGCCGAGGAGAAAGCUUGUCUCUUAUUUUUGGAGGAGACUAUCGAGUCUUUGGAGCACGAAGACGACAGUUGCUUGUCUAACGACGAGGUGGACUUCCUGCCUGUCCUUGCCUCCAGACUGGCAGACCUGUCGGUCUCUAUGAGUAAAGGCAAGCUCAAUGGUUUACAAAAGCACAACUCUAUGGAAAUGAUCAAGGAAAAAGUUGAGUCUAAACCCCUACAGAGCUAUCUGGUCCCAACACCUUUUGUUUUGGCAAGCAAUUACAAUUCCUCCAAACCUAAUGGCAAAGCUGGUCUCCAGAUGAAGGAAAAGAAAAAAACCCUUUCAUUCAGCAAAAAUUGUGGUGAGAGGCCAGAUGUGACGCCUCCUGCAACCAAACCCAAGGACAAUACAGUAAAUAUAAAUGAGGGUCCUUUACCUCGAGGACCUCUAUCCUACGAUGCUCUUGUCUACCUACGGAGGAGCGCUUCCACCAAGAAAACACCUUUGUGUCCUAGAGUUGAUCACACAAUAGACUUGGCCAAGUGUCCUUCGGUCAUCCCAGAAGGUCAGAAUCGUCUAAACAUGUCAAAGUCAGACAGAGCUGUCUCAGAGAUAGGCGGGUUUAAGAUAGAUCCCCCACCUGUUGCUCCCAAACCAAAAAUGAUUCCUUCCAAUGUCUCCCGGAAGACACAAAAUGAAGCAGCCACAGCCACAAACUCAUCGUAUAGUCUCAAGAAUGCAACAGAUCCCAAUGUUGUGAGACUGGAAGCCUUGCAAAAGCUUGGCCUCCUCGAAGACCAACAGCCAGAAAAUCAGUCUGUGGCCCGACUGCAGCUACCGAAAUCUCAUUCCUUUGUUGAUCCAAAAUCCAAUACAUUUUCAAAACCUUCUGUGAACAUAUGUCCAUCAAGAAGCCCCUCUUUUUGUCAUGCUCAAGUGGCUUUAGGAACCAGGAACAAGGAGCUGCAGAGCAGUGCUAGCUUCCACAAUUACUCGCUUUCUCAUCCCAGCCAACAUAAAUUAGGGGACGGUAAUGAAGAGCGCCCACCUAUAAAAGUCAACCCCAAAAAUGAUCCUGAACCACUACAAAAGACAGCCCCAGAGUCGGAGAAACAGUCUUCGGAAGCGCAACACAUUUCCCCUAAAGCCUCAAACUCAGUUGCAUACACAGUAAUGAUGGUUCCUGGGAUGGGAUCAGACAGAAAAGAGGCUCUCAAGAAGCUGGGAUUGCUCAAAGACGAACACAUGUAAGCAGCAGAGGUCUUACCGAGUUGAAGAGCACCAUCAGCUCAAAAGCGAGUUAGACCAUUAAGACACAACUUGGCACUCUGAUCACACAAAGAAGGAGCAGUUCAAGGAGCAGCUCUUUCCUUAGUAGGAGCAACAGUAGGAGUUUGUCCAAACUCCUCCUGUUCUGAUGCAGUUCAAAGACAAAUAUCUGUAUUCCCGAAUUAGUUCGCUUUAGUCUGUCUUUGAUGUCUUAAGGUAUAUUUAGUUUACACACAUGAGUUGUUUGAUUGAUGCAGGAAAGUACAGUAUAUAAUAUCCAUGUUUCCAAGUAUAAAGGACAUACUAUUUACUACUUCUACUAAAUGUUCACAGGACUUCAAUAUUGCUUGAGAAAUUCAGGGUUCACGUUUGUGCCUAGACUGGCUUACUAAAGCCAAAGGAAAGUUAAGGACUCUUGUUUUUUCCAAAAAGCUUGGCUUCAUCAUUUUACAUCUUCCAGACUGAAAAGU